AUGAAUAUCAUAGCUUUGAUGCCAGCCACUGAAGCAUAUGAGGUUCUACUUAGGAAUUGGGGUGGUGAUGAUAAAGCGUAUUGUUGUGUUUGGGAGGAGGAUGCUCAACACAAAUUCAUAACUUUUAUACCUCCAAAUAUUCCAAAUAAACCGUCAUAUUAUUAUUGUUCCGGUUGUGCGACCUUUAAUGGUAUGGAACGAUUUCGUGCGGAUUUAAGAAAUGGUAUUCUUACUUAUCAAACGUUAGAUAAUACUACAACAUACUGGGUUAAUUUUGGCACCGAUUAUGCUUGGUCAGUUUUAGGUGGUUAUAACAAAGAUACCUGUUUCCACGUAUAUGGUACAGAACACAAAGCAGAACUUAAUGAAGCACCUUACGAAGAAUGUGAAAAAAUCAGAGAUUCAUAA